AUGAGGAUAUCCAAUUGGAAGAUAUUGAGGACGGACCUCACUCUACUCAACCUCAGUGAACCAGAAAACAUCGACGAACUCGCAGACGACAUCUGGAUCAACGACGAUGAAUUUUCAGACGAUGAUGAAGGCGACCAAUCUAAUUCUGAUUAG